AUGGCUUUAAAUCAAAGAUUCCUUACUGCCUUAGUGGUUGUGUGUUUUGUGGUCAACGAAGUAGUUUGUCGGCAAAUUGCCGAAAGCACUGUUAAUAAUAGUGAUUCCGAUGUUAGCGAGGGACGUACAUUUGGACAUCACUUUUUGAAAAGGAUAAGCUUUGCAAUUGUUCCUGGUGCAUUUGUUGUUGGUGUGAUUACAACGCUUUUGGCUGCCUUGACUGUUGUCUCAAUGAAGGGUCUUGGAGUUGGUCUCAUUUUGUUGAUCCUUACCAUCGGCCAACUUAUGUCAAGGGCGAUACCUCAGGCUCAAGCUUCUCCUCUUGCCGCACCAGUUCCGGUCAUUUACUCUCAUGCUCAUUCUCAACAGCCCGUUUUUCUUGAAAAGGAAUGGUAA